AUGGCUAUUAAAACCGUUGCAAUCGCCGGAGGCUCAGGUUCCCUUGGCGGGCCCAUAAUCGAGUCUCUUCUGUCAUCCGCCUUUGAGGUAACAGCACUCGUCCGGGCCGGCAAACAGGCUGCUUUCCCGGCAACAGUGAAGAACGUCACAGUCGACUAUGCUUCUCAUGAAAGCCUCGUUUCUGCCUUCCAAGGAAUCGACGCCGUGAUCUCAGUCCUCAGUGGUCCAGGACUGGAAUUCCAGCCCGCAAUCGUUGACGCCGCCAUUGAGGCAGGCGUGUCCAGAUUCCUGCCCAGCGAGUUCGGCUCUAAUACCUACGUCUCAAAGAUGUCAGAAAUCCCAAUCUUUCAGGGCAAAGUUGCGUUCCAGAAAGCUCUGGAACAGAAGGUGGCACAGCACCCGAGUCUGUCAUAUUCUUUAAUCGUUCAUGGACCCUUGUUUGAUUUCUGCCUCGCUGGUGGCCUAUUUGCAGACAUCAAAAACCGCGAGAUGACAAUUUAUGAUGGUGGAGACAAUACGUUCUCAACGACUUGCUUGGCCGACCUUGGGUCGGUCGUUGUUGGUGUUUUGAAGAACCCUGAGCAGACUAAGAAUCGGGCGAUCUUCGUUGAAGGUGCGAAUCUCACCCAGAACAAGCUCUUGAGCAGUCUGGAAAAAGUGACGGGGUCGGCCUGGACAAGGAAAGAGGGGUCUAUUGCGGAUUUAAAUGCUGCUAUGAUGGCUGAGAUGCAGAAGGAGCAGCCAAAUCCUGGUGUUUUUGUCCCGGGUUUCCUGAAGGUUGCUAUCUUCGGUGGAUCUGCGUAUGGCUCAGAUUUGAAUGAGCAGACACCUGGACUCGACAAUGAUGUCGUCGGUCUAAAGGCAUACAGCGAGGAGGAUUUGGAGAAGAAGAUUAAGAGUAUUAUUGGUUGA